CCACAGAUGUAAUAUAAGCUAUUUUUUCAUGUUCAAUCCUUAUUUUUUCCGGUAAUCCAGAAGCUGCAGACAGGGUGCGAAAUCAGCGCUUACAUGGCGAUGCAUUUCCUUUUGUUCAGCUAGCUUAUGUGCAGAAAUGCAGAAGCCAAAAUCUCAUAAAUGUUUCUCGUUUAAAAAAAUGAAAGGUGACUGAGGGGAUUUCCUGGCGUUAGCCACCUACGUGGUCCAAUUUUAGACACACUGUUGCUUGGCAUUUCCGACGGCACUCCAAACGGCGGCGUUUAUUCAGCUAGCCUCGGCGAAGUUACACAUUUAUUAGCCAUAAAAACUUAGCUGUGUAAAUAUGUAACCUGUAGUCGUGUUAGCAUUGUUAGCGUUAGCAGCGGGCUUGUCGCAGUAAUGUUGUUUACAUCCGGUAAUGCUUGUUCGCAUGGAUGUGGUUAAUUGAGGGUUGUGUGAAUUUAUGGAAACAUGUCAAAGAAACGGGGCAGGAAGCGCAGCAGUGGAGAGCUGAGUGAGAGCUCGGCGUCAACCCUGAGUCCGGACCCUGACAACCUACUGGGCCGCAGGAUUCAGCACACCUGGAGGGAGAAGGGCAACGUAACCAAAUGGAAGGGCACAGUUUUGGAGCGCCUGUCUGUGAACACCUCCCUCUACAUGGUCAAAUAUGAUGGCUUCGAUUGCGUCUACGGAAUCGAGCUCUUCAAAGACAGCCGGGUAUCCAACCUGCAGGUCCUGGCAGAGAAAGUUGUGAACAAUAAGAUCAAGGUGCCUCCUGGGGCGGAGGAGCUGGUGGGUCGAGCAGUGGAGCAUCUGUUCGAGAAGGAGGACGGAGAGAAAAAUGAGUGGCGAGGCAUGGUGUUGUCCCGGGCCCCAAUCAUGACCCACUGGUAUUACAUCACCUACGAGAAGGACCCGGUGCUCUACAUGUACCAGCUGUGGGACGACUUUAAGGACGGGGACCUGCGCGUCCUGCCGGAGUCAGAGAACAAACACCUGCUGCCAGCGGACAGGAAGCCAGGUGAGGAGCCAGAGAGCCUCGUGGGGAAGCAGGUAGAGUACGUCACAGAUAACGGUCUGAAGAGGACGGGUUUGGUCAUCUACCAGGUCCCGGCGAAGCCCACCGUCUACUACAUAAAGUAUGACGACGAUGUUCACAUCCACGUCUACGACCUGGUGAAGACCACCUAGUACUGACUGUCUGGUUUCAUCUUCAGCUGUUGGCUCACGUUUUACCCCAACGAGUCGUUACCUGUUAAAGUGUUAAAGGUUUCAGCUUUCCUCCAGCGGGAGGCAACAUGCCGAAAAGGCCUUUUUUUUUCUCAUCAUGUCCCAUAUGGGUCUGCGUCAUUCUAUGAUAACAACACAUCUUGGUUUUGAUUCUGAAUUUUAAGUUGAACUUAAAAUAUGGCACUUAAAGUCCUCUUCCAUGUAAAUAAAGCAGAUCUGAGAUCAGCUGUGUAGCCCAGCAGGUGAAAUGGAGUAAAUUGCACGCGUUGCUGUAUGGUGCGACUCCCAAACUCAACAAAAGUUCAUACAACACAUCAAACUAAUGUUUUUCUUUUCUCUUUUCUAUGCUUGUGUUAUUUAUUUGAAUCUGGAAUAUCUGGCUCUGCUGCUGGUAAGGAAACAAACAAAAAAACAACAAAGAAAACUGUGUCUGCUGUGCUUCAUGUGUGUCACUUGGUAGGCCUCAGUUUGUUGAAUAUAGAAAACCAUGUGUGCUGAUUUCCCAUCGCAGUGAACUCAGAUUUCUGUUGACUUGUAUAAGCAUUAAUGAGACUGGUGUCUCGCGUGAAUAUAAAAACAGAAUAAGUGAAAAAUCCAUGUAUGAUAUUUCUGUUUUUGAUCAUUCAAACUGUCAGUUUUUCUACAUUAAAAUAUAUCAGAAACACUGAUGUUGAUGUCAAGUUGUUUGAGACGGUGUUUGUGCUACGCACUAUUUAUGUAGUUCAAAUUGGCGACCAACAUUGUUUAGUAUUUUGAACUGAAAAUCUUCAUUAUUUGCCAAAAAAUGAAGGAAAUACUGUUCAUUGUGACCCUAAAUAUGUUUUGUUCUGUAAAUAAAAAAGACAUUUUUAUGAACGUACAACAAA